CUUGUUCCCCAGCUAUAGCCCUGCCUCAGGGAAUGCUCAUACUCCCGCCCCAGACCCUGUUUCUGGGAAACUGGUGGGAAGGCAUUUCCUGCCCAGACAUCUUGGCAGCUCCCACUGCCAUGGAGACCAGCCUGAAAGCUGGGAGGGGCUCAGUCGUCUCCUGCUGCUCUGACCCUGUGAGCAGAAGAGGAGGAGGCCAGGGGUCCUGGACUAGCUGCAGGGAUCCCUCCAGCCCCAAGGGAAGUGGAGGGCUGGGGGAUCAAAGCCCCACAUCUGCCUCCUCUCCCCUGCAGCAUGCUUAUCACAGUGAUGUUUGGAGCGGGCUGCAGGGAGCUGCUGAACCCCUGGUGCAGCCUGGUGACCCUCGCAGCCCACCUGAGGCAGAGGGGGCAGGUGCCCCCAGAUGCAAGCAUCGCCCUCCUGUCUGAGGAUGGACACCUGGUGAGCCUGGGGGAGGGCCUGGAGGAGGGGGCUUCCCAGGCCCCCCCUAUGGGCAGCACCCUGCUACAGGAGCGUGGGACCUAUGUCCUCGUGCAGAUCAUCAAGGGGGAGGGCGGGGUGCCUACCCGCUAUGAGUCCCUGCUGGAGAACCUGGGUGACUGGUGUCCAGAGCUGGCAGAGGAGCUACGCUGGCUGUCUGGCUUACCCCCGAUGGGUGAUGGCCGGAGGAGACGCACAGGCACAUGGCGUGGCCACCAGGAGCAAGGCCCUCCUUCAAGGCUCCGAAAGGUGGGCUCCUUACCAUCAAGGACCCACUAGCUGGGACCAGGAGCCAGUUUACUUAAGGUGCAGCAUUCCACCGUGGGCAACAUUCAUCCAUCUACCCUCCCCAGCCCAUUUGCCAUCCGUGGUGCCAGCAGACAAGCCAGCUUGAGAGGCACGCAGCAGGCUUUGGUCUAAAAUAAACUCUUUUAAUUGCA